GGGUCCCGCGGCCCGCAGGCCUUGGCGAGUGGGCCCUCGCCCGCAGGAGACUAGUGCUCGCCACGCAGGAGCUGGCUAGGCGGGAUCCCCUUCCCCUGCGGGGCAGGGGCAUGGGCAUGGACAUGGGCUCGGGCUCGGGCUUUUGGGGUCGAGGGUCUGACGAAGGGCUGGCCAGCGGGUGGGACUGCCGCGGAGGAGGGGUUGGGUACGGGUGCGGCGCGGAGCUGCGGGUCCCCCCGAGGCCCAGCCAGGGACCGCGGCCGCGGAUAACGCUCGGGCUGACUUAACUCAUUCAUUUGACUUGCGCGGGCUUCUGGGCCAGGAGGCGUAAGAGUGAGCUUUUGGCCAAAUCGUCCUGUUUUUAAAAAAAUAUUUAUUUACUAAUUUAUUUGGUUGCACAAGGUCUUGGUUGCGUUAGGCAGGGUCCUCAGUUAUGGCAUGCGAACUCUUAGUUGUGGCAUGCAUGUGGGAUCUAGUUCUCUGACCAGGGAGCGAACCCGGGCCCCCUGCUUUGGGAGCACAGAGUCUUAACCACUGCGCACCAGGGAAGUCCCUCGUCCUGUUUUUGGACCAUGGUUUCCUUUUUAAUGAAAGGGGCAAGACAGUCAGUCACCUCUCUUUGGGAGCUUAGAGCAUGAGUCCUAAAGUUAGAGUCUCCGGUACAGACUUGGAGUCUGCCACGUAUUCGUUAAUGUGACCCUGUGCAAGUUACUUAAUUUCUCUGCCGCUCAGUUUCUCAUCUGUAAAAUAGGUUAGUAAAGUUAUCUACCUCAUGAAUUACAGUGAGUGUUAAAUCAGAUAAUCUCCUUGCGUAGCAUGGAACAGUGCGGCACUAAGUAAGCGCUCAGUAAGCUUAACUAUAUUGCUAGGUAUUGAGUGGGCACUGUGCAGGAUGGAACCUCAUGUAGUCUCACAACAACUUGGGAAAUGUGUACUGUUAUUAUUUCCAUUUGACAGACGGAAUAUCAGAGAAGGGAAGUAACUUGCCCCAGGUAAAAGUGAAUAAGUCAGUGAGCUCACUGCUCCAUUAUUUGAGAGGUUGAGGAUAAUAGAGCUCCUGCAGUUUGGUUCUCACCUAGUUACGUGUCUUAGGGCAGGUAACUAUUUCUGAGACUCAAUUUCAUGGUCUGUAAACUGCACUCACUUGGAUGUUGAGAGGAUUUAAUGACUAAAUGGAUGCAAACUACUUAGCAUAGUGUGGGCAUUACCGUACACAUGUUAUGUGCUCAAAUUUUAGACCCCGCAGUUGCUAUGAUUAAUAUGAGGUGGGAAUAUCAGGAUUCUGGCACAGAUGCUGUGUUAGGGGAACUUACAGUCGACCUGGCAAAAGCUAGUCAUAGUUACUCACUAGAUCUUAAGGUAUUGAGUGCGUGCAUAGGGGCCUCUCACUGUUGUGGCUUCUCCCGUUGCGGAGCACAGGCUCUGGACGCGCAGGCCCAGCGGCCAUGGCUCACGGGCCUAGCCGCUCCGCGGCAUGUGGGAUCUUCCCGGACCGGGGCACGAACCACGUCCCUUGCGUCGGCAGGCAGACUCUCAACCACUGCGCCACCAGGGAAGCCCAGCAUAAGUAUCUUGAUUCCUCUUUUACAUCUUUCAAUCCAUUAUCAAUUCUGGCUUUAACUUUGAAUUCUAGCCAGACUUCAACCACUUCUCAGUACCUCCAUUGCUGUCACCCUGGGUUCGACCACCAGCAUCUUUUUUCCUGGGUUAUGGCAGUAGUCUUCUAUCCUUACUUCUCUAUAAUCUCAACACAGUAUUGUUUAUUCUUAACACAAAGUUCCUGUUAAAAUGUAUGUCGAGUCACUCCUCUGCUCAAGAUUUUCCCGUGGCUCCCAUCUCACUUUAUAAAAGCCAAAGUCCCUAUAAUGCCCUCUGGAUUUGGCCUCUGCUACGUCUGUUACCUUGUCCCUACUUCUCAACCCUUGCUUAAUCCUGUCCAGCCAUAUUGUUCUCUUUGCUAAUGUGAAAAACACCAUCUGCACUCCUGAUUCAGGGUAUUUGCCCUUGCUUUUCUUGGGAUAGUUUCCCUCCAAAUUUCUUUAUGACUUGCUCCUUUUCCUUCAGGUUUACACACAAUAUCUUUAUUUCUUAGGGCUUCACAGGCUACCAUAUUUAAAAUUACAGCUCUUCCUGAUAUUCCUUCUGUGCUUUAUUUUUCUCCAUAGCACUUUUCACCUUCUAAGAUGAUAAAUAAUGUUUCAUAAUUAUUUUGUGUAACGUCUUUCUUUUCCAACUAGAAUGUAAGCUCCAUGAGGUUAGGGGUUUUUGUUCUGUUUCCUGUUGUAUUUUUAAUACCAAAAAUAGUGCUUGGUACAUAGUAGUUACUUAAUAAAUAUUUGAUGAAUGAUGAUCCACAUUAUAGAUCUCUUUCUAGUUUUUUUCAAGAGCUUUUGCAUUCUUUAGGUUAUUUAACACACACGAGGACUUAAAUAACACUAACACUCAUGCCCCUAGUGUAGGCAUCCCUUCUACAACAUUCUCUAAAAAAUAGUGGAGUGAGAACUCCAUAGAUAGACCUGGGUUUGAGUCCAAGAUUGGCUGUCUCCAAGCUGUUCUGGUCCUCGGUUUUCUUAUUUGUAAAAUACCUUUUUUAAGGUAUUUAAGGUAUUUCUAGUUCAAACUGAAUUUGACGCUAUAGGCAAAGGAGCAGUAAUCAUUAAUGUUAACCUUGUGAUUACUGUUACUUGGAAGGCAGACUGUUCAUGAAGCUGCCCAUCUGAAUGUGUUUUUUUCCAAAUGAAAAGUAGAAAUGUUCCACUUCUGUGAUUUCUCUCUGUCCCCUGGGGCAUAAUGGAUGAGGAUUGAUUUUUCUUUCCAUUCAGCAAAUAUUAAUUCAGUACUGCUAUGUGCCAAGGAAUGUGCAAGAUCUGGAAUUACUGGGAUGAAUAAAAGCAACGGUCUCUGUCCUCAUGAAGCUUACAGUCUAGCAGAGGAAUAAGACAUUACACUACUAAUUUUAGUUGUGAAAAAUUCUGCAUAGAAGUGCAGGUUGCUGUGAGCAGAUAUAGGAACAACAACAACAAUAAUGUAAUAGAAGGAGUAGCUAACAUUUAUAUAGCACUUACCUAUAUAUGUGCCAGUCACUAACAUUUUCUGUAUUAACGCAUGUAAUCCUAACAACCCUGAGGUAGAUACUGUUAUUAUCCCACUUUACACUUGAGAAAACUGAGACACAGCUGGUCACAUUGUAACUGCCAUGGCCACCUUGCUAAGAAGUGACGGAGCUAGGAUUUAAACCUGGCCCCAGAAACCUCGUUGUUUGCUACUUUAUAGUACUGGGACCUCAUCCAAAGGAGGGCUGUUGGGAGGCUUCUUAAGGAAGAGAUACUUGACAUCUGAAAGUUGAAAUUAAGCAGGAGAAGGCAUGCAAAAGAGCUGGGUGGGAAAGAACACGACUACUUAGAGGAGCAGAGAGGAGGGCAGAGAGCAACAGAUGAAAGAGUGGGGGAGGAGAUCUGGUUGGGACGGGCAAGGCCACGGGGAAGGACUCAGGAUCGGGUUUGUCCUACGAGGCAUACGAGUUACAAAUGUACUCGAGGUGGGAAUGGCAUGAUGAGUCCCUUGCUUUAGAGGCACCGAAGCUGCUGGGAGGACUGUCGUUCAGAGAGUUGAAGACCAUGCCCACCACUUCCCCAAGGCGUGUCUCCAGGUUGAACCUCCCAGUUCCCUCACCUUCCUCACAUGAUUUGGUUCCCAGACCUUGGUGUGCCUCAUCAUUGGAACUUUGUGUAGAACUUUGGAAUAGUGUGGAGUGUAUUUAUUUAAUAGUCGUUUCCCCCCAAGGUUCAAGCACUGUCUUCCUGUUGGCCCUGACAAUCAUAGCCAGCGCCCAUGCUCUGACGCCCACUCACUACCUCACUAGGCAUGAUGUGGAGAGACUGAAAGCCUCGCUGGAUCGCCCUUUCACAAGUUUGGAAUCUGCUUUCUACUCCAUCGUGGGACUCAGCAGCCUUGGUGCCCAGGUGCCAGAUGUAAAGCAAGCAUGCACCUUCAUUAAAUCAAACCUUGAUCCAAGCAACGUGGAUUCCCUUUUCUAUGCUGCCCAGUCCAGCCAGGCCCUCUCAGGGUGUGAGAUCUCUAUUUCAAAUGAGACCAAAGAUCUGCUUCUGGCAGCUGUCAGUGAAGACUCCUCCGUGGCCCAGAUCUACCACGCAGUUGCAGCCCUAAGUGGCUUUGGCCUUCCUCUGGCUUCCCAAGAAGUGCUCGGUGCCCUUACCUCUCGCCUCAGCAAGGAGGAGACCGUGCUCGCAACAGUCCAGGCUCUACAGACGGCAUCCUACCUGUCCCAGCAGGCUGACCUGAGAAGCAUCGUGGAGGAGAUUGAGGACCUUGUUGCUCGCCUGGAUGAACUGGGAGGUGUGUAUCUUCAGUUUGAAGAGGGACUGGAAACAACGGCAUUGUUUUUGGCUGCCACCUACAAGCUCAUGGACCACGUGGGCACCGAGCCAUCCAUUAAGGAGGAUCAGGUCAUCCAGCUAAUGAAUGCCAUCUUCAGCAAGAAGAACUUUGAGUCACUCUCAGAAGCCUUCAGUGUGGCCUCUGCUGCCGCUGCACUCUCCCAGAAUCGCUUCCAUGUACCUGUUGUGGUUGUGCCUGAGGGCUCUCCUUCCUACACUCAGGAACAGGCUGUCCUACGGUUGCAGGUCACCAAUGUUCUGUCCCAGCCUCUGACUCAGGCCACUGUUAAACUAGAACACGCUAAAUCCGUUGCCUCCAGAGCCACAGUCCUCCAGAAGACAUCGUUCACCCCUGUGGGGGAUGUUUUUGAGCUAAACUUUGUGAAUGUCAAAUUUUCCAGUGGCUAUUAUGACUUCUCUGUCAAAGUUGAAGGUGACAACCGUUAUAUUGCAAAUACUGUAGAGCUCAGAGUCAAGAUUUCCACUGAAGUUGGCAUCACAAAUGUCGAUCUCUCCACUGUGGAUAAGGAUCAGAGCAUUGCACCCAAAACCACGCGGGUGACCUACCCAGCCAAAGCCAAGGGCACAUUCAUCGCAGACAGCCACCAGAACUUUGCUUUAUUCUUCCAGCUGGUAGAUGUGAACACUGGUGCUGAACUCACCCCUCACCAGACAUUUGUCCGACUCCAUAACCAGAAGACUGGCCAGGAGGUGGUAUUUGUUGCGGAGCCGGACAGCAAGAACGUGUACAAGUUUGAACUGGAUACCUCUGAGAGAAAGCUCGAAUUUGACUCUGCGUCCGGCACCUACACUCUCUACUUGAUCAUCGGAGAUGCUACUUUGAAGAACCCAAUCCUGUGGAAUGUGGCUGAUGUGGUCAUCAGGUUCCCUGAAGAAGAUGCUCCGUCGACUGUCCUGUCCAAGAACCUUUUCACCCCCAAACAGGAAAUUCAGCACCUGUUCCGCGAGCCGGAGAAGAGGCCCCCCACAGUGGUGUCCAAUACAUUCACCGCCCUGAUCCUCUCGCCCUUGCUCCUGCUCUUUGCUCUGUGGAUCCGGAUUGGUGCCAAUGUCUCCAACUUCACUUUUGCUCCUAGCACGAUUAUCUUUCACCUGGGACAUGCUGCUAUGCUGGGGCUCAUGUAUGUCUACUGGACGCAACUCAACAUGUUCCAGACCCUGAAGUACCUGGCCAUCUUGGGCAGUGUGACGUUUCUGGCUGGCAAUCGUAUGCUGGCCCAGCAGGCAAUCAAGAGGAUCGCUGCAGAGCAGAGCAGUAGAUUGGCAAAAUAUAGGACACUACGUUUAGACAUCGAGUCUGAUCACUGACAAGAACAUGACCACACGAUAGGAAUAUGGUGCAGAUUUCUGUACCGAAAGGUCAGAAUGUCAUCUUCCAAGCUACGUGAGGGCAUGUGUUGUUUGGCAGACCUGGAGUCCGGGAAAUUGAAGACGAGCGUUCUUCUAUUCAUCUAGUUGAAAUGUACAGUGUCUUUUUGGCCUUGUACUGUGAGAGGUGUGCCUGGAAUUACCUCAUCUUGUGUUUUCACAUACCACACUUACUUAGGUAUCAUCAGAACAGCACAUUAGUUCCAGGAAAAAGAAGGAGAUUCUGAAAGCUUAAGUGAAUAUCAAGAGAAGGAGUCAAGAAUAAUUCAUAGUUUGAGAAGAGGAAUGAAAAAAACCCUUUAUUUAAAAAGAAAAAAGUCAAAAUCGUUUUGCUUGUUUUUCUAUUUCCCCAACACAGAGCAGGUACCUGUGAGCCCAGAUACUCUGUUUCUGUGGCAUGGUGCCCUAGCAAGAUGCUGUGAAUAUUCUAACUUACCCACAUGUUGCAUUGAAAAGUUGAAAUCUGUAAUUAAUCUGUUACGGAAUAAAGAGAAUAAUAGGAAUGAA